AUGAAUAACGAUUAUUUUCAUGAGCGUAGUCGUAGUGAACCUGUUUUAGAAGAAAAUGGAUAUGCUUUCAAUGAUCGAAGCUAUAAAAGUAACAAAAGUUUUGUGGAAAAAUUUAAAAACUUCAUUAGCUUCUCUACAAAAUCUUCUAAAUACAAAAGAAAUGAAACUAAACAAUUACAACCUUUAAAUGGAGACGAUUACAGAUCGAGCCAGUCAACAUUAAACAAAUCCUUUAAAAACGACGGUGCUAAAUUAAAAAAAUUAGAGUGGAAAAUUAUUCCAAUAACAAAAAUUGCCCUUAAAAAAUCUGAAAAAGAUAAAAUUCCCCUUAAAAUGGAAGCGAAACCGCCUCUGCCAAAUUCUCGUCGUCAUCAAAUUCAUAACAAUGACUUGCCGCUCAAUCCAAAUGGUUACCUUCAUAAUAUAAAGAGUUGCGAUAAUAACAAUGUUAACGACGACAAAUAUUCUAAACCUAAGUUUAAUUCAUGGCAGUCAACUUCUGUAGGUACAGAUAAUAAUUCUUUAUUGGAAGGCUUCAAAAAUAUUGCAAGUCAGAACGUUGGAACCAUUGGAAACGGUCACGAGAAAUUGAUUCCCAUGUACAAAAGUUUUGUAAUCACGGCCACACCACUGCAUGUAACGUCGCAUCGUAACAACAUCUACCAAACCUUUGGCAACAACAACAACAACAUAUUUCAAACACCUCGAAAUCACAUCCUUGUAGAAGAUUGGGAUGAAGACCAAACGACGUUAAACUUUGGGAUUUCAAAUAUUUUCAGGAACAAAAUAAACAUGAAAAAUUUUAAAAGUGUAAGAAAGCAUAACAUGAUUUUCGAUCGUUCAACUAAAAUAAAACAAGACAAACUAAAACGCCAGCAAGAAAACAGCGUGAGAAGGAGACUGUUUGAAGAUGCAACGAACUUCAAUACUUUGAAAAUUGACAACGAUGGCUAUGAUGUAUCAUUAGGAAUAAAACCUCUGUGCGACGUCGAUAUUAACAUUUUGUCAAACAAUUUUUCUGAAUAUAUAUAA